AUGAGCGGUGCUAAAUCAGGGGUACAAAAAAGGAUUUCUGAUGUAGUUCCUAGUUCCUUAUAUGUACAUUGUACGGCUCAUAACUUAAAUCUAGUAAUUGCUGAUGUUGCCAAAAGUUCAUUAAAAAUUUCUACAUUUUUUGAUAUAGUUCAAAAUAUAUAUUUGUUUUUCAACCAAAGUGCACCUAGAUGGGCAUCAUUAGCAUUUGGUAAUGAUAUAGCAAAUCAAAUACAAAAAAAAGUUUUGAAAAAAGUGUGUAAUUCAAGAUGGGAAGCUAGACAUUCAUCUGUAUAUGCAUUAAAAGAAAAUUUUAUUAAUGUAUUGAAAUCUUUGACAAAUAUUUCACUAACCAGCAAAAAAAGUGAUGAAUUAAAUAGAGCAAAAUCUCUUUUUAAAAAAAUGCAAUCUUUUGGGUUUGUUUUGCUUAUAAUUAUUUGGGAAAAUGUUUUGAAACCAUUAUCUGUGGUAUCCAAGAUGUUACAGUGCUCACAAAUCAGUAUCCAUCAAGCCAGUGAGUUUUUGCAAAUUGGUAUUAAUUCAAUUAAAAUUAUGAGACAUAAUUAUGAAGAACUGGUAGAAUCAGCAAAAAAUAUGUGUUUAAAAUGGGGAAUACAAUUUCAAAAUGAAAAUAAACGAAAAAUAUAUUCUAAAAAACUAUUUGGUGAAGUUGAUGGUGACAGGAGAUUGCAGGAUAUUAUAGAGGAAAAAUUUUAUGUUUCAGUAUUUUUACCAUUAGUUGAUACUGCUUUAUUUCAACUCGAAUAUCGUUUUAAAGGACUUAAAAUAGUAUCAAAUACUUUUAAUUUUUUAUUGCCACCAAAUAUAAUAAAAUUAAAUGAAGCAGAAAUAGUAAAAUCAUGCUAUGAUUUUAUUCAGUUUUACAAAACUGACGUAACUUCCGAUUUAACUAGUCAAGUUCUAUCUUUAAAGGAGUUUAUAAAAAACACUGAUAUGAAAACAAUUAAAGAAUUAUGUUUAUAUUUAAUAGAAAACGACCUAUCAUCUUUGUAUAGUGAAGUUGUUACAUCUUGUAUUAUAUUUUUAAGUUUACCAAAACUAAUAUCUCAAGACCAAUUAACCAACAUAAGUAUCUUAAAUAUAGAAAGAGCUCGCACUGAAGAACUUGAUGUAGAAAAAUUAAUUUUAGACUUUGCCAAUCAAAAAAGCAGAAAAAAAAUUUUUUUUAAGUAA